CGUCGCCCCGCCGCCGGCGAGCGUCAGGCGGGGGGGGGCCCGGCCCGGCCCUUCCCCUGGCCCCCGCGCCCCGAGGAUGGCAGCGCUGCCCGCACGAGUGGCUGGCGGCGGUGUCCCUCCUCUUUUUUUUUCCGGCAGCGGCGGCGGCGGCGGCAGCGGCGGCGGAUCAUUGUUGUGUGGGAGGAGGGCGGCGGGGAUGGACUUGAUCUCUCGGGUCUCCUGCUAAGGCGACAGCACAGCGCGCCCCGCCGCCCAGCCAGCGCCGCGCCGGGCAGGGAGGGACCGGCCCGGCCCCCCGCCCGCUCCCCGGCUCUUUAUUUUUAGGGGGCUCUGCUGCUCCUCUCCCUCUCCCUUAUCUCCCCCCACCCCCUCCCCGCCCGCACACACGCACAGGGACACGCACGCACCCUCCUCCGGUGCCCUUUCAUCCUUCCCCCCCGCCGUCCUCCCGCGCCGUCUUCUGCCGCGGCAGAUGCGCCGCGGGUCACCGCGCAGCUGGGACUAUGGUGAAAUUUCCAGCGCUCACUAACUACUGGCCCCUGAUCCGGUUCCUGGUCCCUCUCGGCAUCACCAACAUCGCCAUCGACUUCGGGGAGCAGGCCUUGAAUAGGGGCAUUGCUGCUGUCAAGGAAGAUGCUGUGGAAAUGUUGGCCAGCUAUGGGCUGGCAUACUCCCUGAUGAAGUUCUUCACGGGUCCCAUGAGUGACUUCAAAAAUGUAGGUCUGGUGUUUGUGAACAGCAAGAGAGACAGGACCAAAGCAGUUUUGUGCAUGGUUGUGGCUGGCGCUGUAGCUGCUGUAUUUCAUACUUUAAUAGCAUAUAGUGAUUUGGGGUAUUACAUUAUUAAUAAGCUGCACCAUGUGGAUGAAUCAGUGGGAAGUAAAACUCGGAGGGCCUUCCUUUAUCUUGCUGCCUUCCCUUUUAUGGAUGCCAUGGCAUGGACCCAUGCUGGGAUUCUGCUGAAACACAAGUACAGUUUCCUAGUGGGAUGUGCCUCCAUCUCAGAUGUCAUAGCUCAGGUUGUUUUUGUAGCCAUUUUGCUUCAUAGUCACUUGGAGUGCAGGGAGCCUCUCUUGAUCCCAAUCUUGUCCUUAUACAUGGGAGCACUUGUCCGAUGUACCACGCUCUGCCUCGGAUACUACAGGAACAUACAUGAUGUUAUUCCUGACAGAAGUGGGCCUGAAAUGGGGGGAGAAGCUACAAUAAGGAAGAUGCUGAGUUUCUGGUGGCCUUUGGCAUUAAUUUUGGCAACUCAGCGAAUAAGUAGGCCCAUUGUCAACCUCUUUGUCUCCCGGGAUCUUGGUGGCAGUUCUGCAGCCACAGAGGCAGUGGCAAUUUUGACAGCUACAUAUCCUGUGGGACACAUGCCUUAUGGCUGGCUGACAGAGAUCAGAGCUGUAUACCCUGCUUUUGACAAGAAUAACCCCAGCAAUAAACUGGUGAACACCAACAGCACCGUCACAGCGACACAUAUCAAGAAGUUCACUUUUGUUUGCAUGGCAUUGUCCUUAACGCUCUGUUUUGUGAUGUUUUGGACACCAAACGUGUCAGAGAAGAUUUUAGUUGACAUAAUUGGAGUAGACUUCGCUUUUGCAGAGCUGUGUGUCGUUCCUUUGCGCAUCUUCUCCUUUUUUCCACUUCCAGUGACUGUCAGAGCACACUUGACUGGCUGGCUGAUGACUCUGAAGAAGACAUUUGUGUUGGCACCCAGCUCAGUGCUGCGGAUUAUCGUCCUCAUCACCAGUCUCAUCGUGCUGCCUUACUUAGGAGUUCAUGGAGCCACUCUUGGAGUAGGAUCCCUGCUUGCUGGUUUUGUAGGAGAAUCCACCAUGGUUGCAAUAGCAGCCUGUUACGUCUAUAGGAAACAGAAAAAGAAGAGGAAUGAGAAUGAGACAGCUGCAGAAGGUGAAGACUCUGCAAUGACCGACAUGCCUCACACGGAGGAGAUGACAGACAUCGUAGAAAUGAGAGAAGAGAAUGAAUAAUGAAUGGGAUGCAAUUGUUCUCUGCAGGGACGAUUGGAGUGACGCUUCAGCAUCUCGUCGUCUCUCAUACUUUUUUGUUUGUUCGUUUUUAUUUUUGUAAUAAAGAGGCCUUGAUUUAAAAGGUUUCAGAUAAAUUCUCUAGCAUACUGAGUAUGCUCUCACUGAUGAGGGACCUAAAAAGAGGUCUUUGCUUCUUCUUUUUUUUUCAAUUGAAUUUUUUUUUCUCACUCCAUGCAAGCAUAAAAGAUACAAUUGCAUCACUGUAGAGUCUUCCUUACUUAUGCAUCCACCUUCUCUGGACAAUCUGCAUUUGUCAACCAAAGCCCUGCUCCUGUGCUCCUGUGUGUGUGCAGACCUCGCACACGCACACCGCCAGUGCCACUGGCUCAACGCUACUGCCAUAACCCCACUCCUCCCCUCCCUCCUUUUCCUUCCCUUUCUUUAUGAGAAAUGGAAAAGAAGUUUGGAAUACAGAGCUUUAUUUUACUUGCUUGAAAAUGACUUUGCUACAUAAACUAAUAUACUAUGGUGAACUUUA